AUACCACUAGAUCAAGAUCCUAUGAGUUGUCAUAUUGAAAAAUAUCAGAGGUGUGUUAUAAAGGAGGAAAAUCUACCCAAUGAGGAAGUAUAUGAAGCUAACACAAUGGCUGAACCAUCUAGUAGAGCUUCUCGGUCGGUUAUUAUACCCCGAAAAGUUGAAAUGAUUACUGUGCCCCCUCCUCCCAAAAUUUCAACUGCCUUAGUAACGCCUUUAACUGCUAAACCGCUGAGUCAGACUGAAGCAGCAGUUCAAACAGGAGCUCCCACUAACGAUCCAGAAAUUGUGAAGGAACCACUUCCUCCUCCUGCUAUUGUCGACGAAAAGGAUCUUCCUCAGGUUCCUCCCUCUGAGCCUGUAUUAUCCUCCCCAGAUGUGCGGAAAAUUUCCAAGAAACUUCUGACUGAAAUUUCAAGUUGGAGAAGGAUUCAAAAAUCCUUUCCUAGUAGUGAAAGUCCUGUUUCAGGUGAAGCAACUAGGCCUGACUUUGUAAGUCAACAAAAGGAAGCACUGCUCAGGUUCUUCAAUAUGUCAUUAGAGGCUAUUCAACAAGCUAAUGCCUUUGACAACAUCGAGGGGAUUAUCCUUGCACUCGUUCAGCAUGCUGACAGUUUAAAGGAGAAAACAAUUCUUGAAGAUCUAGCUACUCAUUUGGCAGAAUUUCGAGAGAGCAUUCCGAACUCUACGACCAUAGCAGAAACUGUGGAAGCUCGCAGAAUAUCUCUUGCAGGGAAAAAUAUAGAUCUUAAUGCAAGAUUGGAUGAAAGACAAAAGGAAAUAACUGCCUUGGAGGAUAAAUUCUCGACGCUUUCUGAAGAAGAAGCAAAUAUACAAGCUGAAAUUCAUCAGCUAUUGAAAAAAAAGCAGGAGCGUCUUUCCCGAAAGAAAUCUGUUGCAAUUGAAUUGCAGAAAGCCAAUGAAGGAGCAUUGAGAGACCUUGAAGAAUUGAGAGGCUUAGAAGGGAAAAUCAAGCAGUCCAACGCCGAAUGGCUCGGAGCCAAAGAGAAAGCAGCAUUAGCUAAUGUACGUUGGAAACUCUUUAAAGAGGAUCUUGGUUUUGGUAUGUUUAAUAUAAUUUAAAUAUUUGGUUAAUGUAGUUUAUUAGCUUUUAGGGUGAACUUCCGCUUAUCAAACUAAAACUUGCACUUCGUAACUGUGCGUCUGACUAAUCUAUUUGAAGUAGUUUGUUUCUAUUUUUUGUGGACA